AUGCCCGUCCGCAACAUGUCUAACUCACUUCACCACGAAUGCAUGCCAUUCGCGCGACAGCCACUCAAGGCCAUUUAUGUAUCCCAGCGGCUGCUCACCACUCUCCUUCUGGUGCCGGUGUGGGUUUUUCAUUAUGCACUUCUGCCCCGGAAGUUUCGUCCGCGGACAUCUUGGUCACUCAGGCAGAUUGUAACCGUCAAUUUCUAUCGACGGAUAUUCAAGGUGACGGAGCUGGCGGGCGUCGAGUGGGGCACGCGGGAACCAGACGAAGCGUGUGACAAUAGUACGUUGACGGAGACGAGAUUUGAGUGGAUUGACCCGUUGCCGGAGUGCUUGCGGUCAGGGAUCGUAGUAGAUAAGCAGGUGCCGUUUAAGAAAGUCGGAGCAUUUGUAUGGCCGAAGGGUAGUCCUUCAGAAGACCGCCAUGGAUCAAAGGCUGCAUUGGCCAGUGAGUCCAAUGUUGAGGCCAAUGGCGACGACGAACCCGUUAUCGGUAUAUUCCUACACGGCGGUGGGUACUGUCAUAUGUCUGCACAUGAGCAUGCAGGAACAUCAAGGAUACCCCGACGGCUAAUGGAGGACAAGACCUUCUCAAGUAUUUAUUCUGUCGAAUACCGCCUUUUACAACACGCACCCUUCCCGGCUGCUGUCCAAGAUGCGGCAGCAGUAUAUGCUCACAUCGUUCAUCAGCACAAGGGCACCUCCAACUAUGUUUCUAACCCAAAUGGAUCAGAAACUCCGGUUACCCCCAAGAAAGAGAGAAGCGUUUCACACCCCGAGAUGCCCCAGGUGACAGACAUCUUGACUGUAAAUUAUACCACUGAAAUUGCGAAGAACGAGAAGGAGAACAACGAGGUCAAAGCACGAGUGGAAGCCGCUGCCCGCGAGACGCACUGCAAGAUCGUCCUUAUUGGUGACAGUUCGGGUGGCAACCUUGUGCUGGCUCUCGCGCGGUGGAUUAGGGACGAGGGCUUCCUGCCACCGCCCGCUGGGCUCAUACUUCUCUCUCCUUCUUGUGACCCGUCACAUGCUUUCCCCGAGACGCCCUCGUCUUAUGUCCCACGGCCGCACGCCGAUACGGACUACCUCGUCGACACGCCCGAGCCACGUGCGCUGCUGCAGCGCACCUUCCUGGGGCACAACCCGCUCGAGACCAUGCACAGCCCGUACGUGAGCCCUGUGUCGCGGCGCGUGCUGCGCGCAUUCUAUGGUGACGCAUUUGUAGCGAGCGUCGAGGAUCUCACGAUCGGCCGCCUCGACACCGGGUUGCGCGAGACGCUCCGCACGAUGGCGUCGGAGCCUGCCACGCUCGCGGACGAGCUGGAACCCAGCCCGACGUCCCUCGCCCGCCCCGUUAUCGCUUCACCCCGUGGGCUAAGUCUCUUCAGCGAGUUCCCGCGCGUGUGUGUGGUACUCGGUGAUGCGGAACGCCUGGAAAGGGAGGUUAUGAAGCUUGUGGGCGCGAUGGAGCGCGAUGGCGUGGAUGUAUGCACGGUGUGGGUCGAGGAUGGCGUGCAUGAUGUGUUGCAAUUGACGUGGUGGGAUGAGCGGGUGCGGGACAAGGUGUGGGCAUCGGUUGAAGAGUGGGCACGGGAGGUUCGGUAG